CAGCGACAGGGGAAGGAACGCCAUCAUAAGCAAGGACCGACGGUGGCCCAAUGCGGUUAUUCCCUACGUGAUUUCUUCGUCUUAUAGUAAGAGCGAAAGAAGCACCAUAGCGGCGGCAAUGGCAGAGUUCCAUAGAUCUACGUGUAUUCGCUUUGUCCCCAGAAAUGCAGAGAAGGACUACAUACACAUCUUGAAGGGAGAUGGGUGUUACAGCUCGGUGGGUCGGACAGGCGGAGCUCAGGCCGUGUCGGUGGGUCUUGGCUGCCUCCACGUCGGCAUUGUCGAGCACGAACUCAUGCACGCUACCGGGUUCUGGCACGAGCACUCACGCUACGACCGGGACGACCACAUCACCAUCGACUACUCCAACAUCCAGGAGGGCAUGGAGUACAACUUCGAGAAGUAUGACUGGGACACCAUUCAGAGCCUGGGCGUCGGGUAUGACCUGGGUUCCAUAAUGCACUACGGCGCGCAUGCGUUCGCGAGCGACCGGACGAAACCCACGAUCAUUCCCCGACCCGCUUCGGCCGAGAUCGGACAGCGUCGCGGAUUCUCCAGAAGAGACAUAGAGAAACUGAGCCUUUUGUACGACUGUGACGGUUUCACGACAGGGACUGUGACCACUCCAGCACCUCCUGUUCGGCCCCCGUCACCUGGCGAGUGCGAAGACAGCCAUAAGCACUGCAGUACUUGGGCGAAAGACGGAGAAUGCGAGAAAAACCCGGAUUGGAUGUUGAGCAACUGCGCAAAUUCGUGUAAAAAUUGCGGUUCCAAGUGUAAAGACACGAACAUGUUCUGCAAGGAAUGGAGUCAGCUGGGGGGAAAUGACGAAAGAAUGCCCCAUACAUGAGUCUUUUCUGCAAGAAUCGGUGGUGUUUGUGACGAUCCAGAACCAGAACCAGAACCAGGGCCAACGAAGCCCAAGAAAUGCAAGAACCAAAACAAGCACUGCAAGGAAUGGGCGUCGAACGGCCAGUGUCGAGUGAACCCUGCAUACAUGCUGGACAAGUGCAAGAAGGCGUGCAGGGUGUGUCGGUAAUUCGCGAUCUGGCAACCGAAUCUGAGGCCGUUUUCUAUGUUAUUUGAGCUGUUCCACGUAAUGUGACCUGUGUAAGAUUUUCAAGUGGGCAUUCGG